AUGACUGGCAGCAACACCACAGGGCACCACCACCACCAGCACCUGAAAAGCUACUACAAGUGCUGCGAAUCAAAGUUUUUUAUUCAGAUAGUAGCAAUUGUUGUGCUGAUGAUGUUUGCUGGGCUGGUGUCUGGGCUCACUUUAGGUCUCAUGUCAAUGAGCCAGGUUGAUCUUGAAGUUCUUGCUAAAUCUGGAACCCCCAGGGACCGUCUUCAUGCUUCAAAGAUUUUGCCAGUUGUGAAGAGACAGCAUCGACUGCUCUACACCCUUUUAAUCUCCAAUGCCGCUGCUAUGGAGGCAUUCCCUAUUUUUCUUGAUAAUUUGAUACCAGAUUUGGGUGCAAUUCUCAUUUCAGUGACACUGAUACUACUAUUUGGUGAGCUCUUUAAUGGUAAAGAUGAAGAAACUGUUAUGUCGUUUUACUUCCUCAUACAGAUUAUACCACAAUCUGUUUGUUCCCGAUAUGGCUUGGUGAUUGAAGCAACAGUGGCCCCAGUAGUUCGGGUUCUUGUUUGGAUUUGCUUCCCUGUGACCUAUCCAAUAAGCAAGGUGAUAUCUGAUACCACCAGAGCUCCUCUUGCUACAGAGCUUUCUUCUUUGUUCCUAAUAAUGAGUUGUCCUUACAGCUACUAGACAUUUUGUUGGGAAAAGGGCACGGACCUUUAUUUCGUCGAGCUGAGUUGAAAACACUGGUAGACCUGCACAGUGCAGAGAUAUCCAUUUUCUUGCUUACAAAUGUCAAGAUA